AACCGACUUGUUUUCUCACCAAUCAGCAACCGCUACCCAGAAUUCGAAAGUUAACAGUAGCUUAAUGCAGUUGUGACUUUAUGAUAAUUAUUUGGGAAAUAUAGAUGUUUUAAUACUUUUUUAGUCAACGGGGUUGAACGGUGGAGCCAUGGCGAGGGAACGAGGGCAGAAGAAGUCUUUCCGGCAAAGUCUUGAUGACAUAAAGGAGAAGAUGAUUGAGAAGAGAAACAAGCGCCUGAACAACACGUCUGCGACUAACAGAGGACGGUCCAGAAGGAUCAGCACAACCAGUGCAGGCAGCGUACAGCCGAUGGUCCUCAAGAACGUACAGGUCAAUAACAAGGCCCUUGCGCUGGCCCUGCAGGCGGAGAAGGAGAAGGUGAGGCAGGCCAAUGGUGUCAUCCUGCAGAUGAAGAGGGAGCAGCAGGCCCUUUUUCUCCACCUCCUCCUGCUCAAGAGGAUGCUCAAAGACCAGGAGGCGCAGGCUAGGAACUUGCAGACUAGACCUGCACAACUUCUCACCGAACCACCAAAGCCAGCUGACUCUUCAUGGAUAAUUCACAGUGGUUCUGCUUUGGAAGACGCUAGGAUGGUAGAUGAAGUGCCAGUCUCACCAAUCCGCUCAGACCCUCAGUUUCCUGAAGGGGCAGGACAAGGCAAGAGUGGGGCGCAGGUGGGGUUGCCACGGACUGUGAGCGUGAGAUGUCGCAGGAGGGAGGGCAGUAGGAGGCUAUCUGAGCAUGUGCAGGUAGGGAACCGUUCCUCAUUUUGUGAGCCGAACCCCUGCGCACCUCCAGGGCUCCUACAGGAAGAGUCUGAGGUCCUUGCAGAGCAGUCGGUUCUGAACAACAAGAUUGACCUGAACCACAAACAGGAAGUGAAGGCAGAGAGAGACAAUCCAUUUGGCUCAGAGGACUUAAAGCAGCGAUCCGCACCGGGGCCCCUGGUAAAACCAGCCGGUCAACAGCAGCGACCCCGGACCAAACUAAAACAGGCCCAACCACAGCGCCCCGAACCGGCUGCACGCAAGGCAGAGAGGGGCCGCAAGCCAGACCGCCCCCCUUUGAAAAAGCCCUGGGAGAACUCUAAACCCAGAGCCCGGUCCAAGAGUCGAGACCGCUCGGCUACACGGUCCAGAGUUAAGGUGGGACCCACUGCCCCCCUCAACACAUCCCUCAACACAUCUCAGGGAUUCAACGACACCUUUGAUUUUGACUGUGAGGACGGAGUGCACCUAACACCAUUCAAGGGUGGUGGCACCAAGGAAGUCCCCCAGGCCGCGCCCACAUGUGAGGAGGAAGUGGAGAAGGGAGAGACCACGGAGUCUAGUUCGUCUUCUGAGUCGGAAGUCAGCCCGUACGUUCCUCAGAAAAGAAAGCGAUUGAGCUCCCGGGAACAGGCCCAGCCUGCCGUCACUCGCGGGGGCCGAGGGAAGAUCUCCAAAGCAGCUAUAGACAAGGAGAACAACCCCCCACCCAAAUCCGGGUCAUCGUGUGGAACCAAAAUGGAGGUCAGUCGAGCCCUGCCAGUCCCGGAGAAACCACUCAAAGACCGUCAACCACAAAAAGGACGGAGGCCGAGCUCAGUGCGGAAACAGUCGUUGUCUUUAGUUUCCACGGAGGCCAGCUUUGCUGCGUCAGAAGGUAGCCCUUAUGUUGUACAAAGCUGUGACUUGCGACGGACACACACCCCCCCAGAGCAGGCCAAGCCUGCCCUCACCUGUAAGGGACAGCUUUCUGAAUCAGCCGAGAGCAGCACCCCACCAAAACCCCAGUUGUCAUUGGAUCAGGUCAGCGAUGAAGAGGAGCCUCCAGUCACUCCGGGAAUGGAAGUGGAGAUGAUGAGGAUCGACAACGUCCUGUCUGGUUUCAGGGACUCUCCCUAUGAGACACCUGGGUUACCAACCAGUAGUACGCCCCAGAAAUUGAUCCCCAAAGCAGGCAAGAGGACCGGUGGGCUUGGUGUCAGGGCUGGGCGGGGCUUCAGUCUGACUGAUGUGACCAAUCUUACCCCUGCAGCCUAUCGAACGUUCUCUUCUAAGAGCUCCCGAAUUUCAGACCGAUGCUCCAAUCCAGUCGCGACCCGGAAGAGGCGGUCCACGACGGCGGUGGACUACAAAGAACCAUCGCUUCACGCGAAACUGAGGCGUGGAGACAAGUUCACAGAUACCAAGUUCCUCUCUUCGCCCAUUUUUAAGCAGAAACCCAGGAAGUCCAUGAAGAGAGCACUGUCUUUGGAGAAAUAUAACGAGUCUUUUGUCGGAUGUCACUAACUUGUCUUACAUCUCCAAGCAUGUAACACAAUUUUUACCCUUUCAGAGUUUGACUGUUUUUGUUU